AGGGCUUUUGUGCCUGCUAAUUGCACCGUUUGGACGCAAAAGUUCCGACUCGAAGUGUGAACUCGGAACAGAAGGAAACAUGAGACAACUGAAGUGCCCUGGUUUAUGUGCCCUGCUCCUCCUCCGCCGCCGCCUCCUCUUCUUUCUCCUUCCUCCCGCCGAGCCCGCUGUUGAAGCUUGUUUGCACUGGGGCUUAUCCGGAGCGGAAAUUCCUUUCCGUUUUUGUGAAUGACAAACUCAUUAACAAUUCAUCAACACAACCUGUUCCAGCCGGCCCGUCCCCACGGCAACAGCCCCUUCCGCAGUGCGCUCAUUGGCUGGCGGGGAGAAUGUAUCCAUUGAGACGCUCGCUGUUUGUAUCCAUUGAGGAGCUGCCUCGCACAGGGGGUGUGCGAGGGCUGAGUCCGAGAGAGUGUGCAAAUCGAGGCUUGAAUAAUCCGUGGAGAAAGACUGCCGGGUGGAUUUGAGGUGCAGCCUCGAAGGGAGGGAUUAGAAGCCGCUCGACUUUUUUUUUCCUUCCCUUUCGGCGCGGAGUCCGUAUUAAUUGGAUUUCAUUCACUGGGGAGGAACAAAACUGUCUGAGCAGCUUCAUUCAGAGAGAUUCAUUGACACCAACAGCGAGCGGCUGCAGCCGGGUGCAGAGGAACACGCCGGCUUCACCUCUUGUCUCAAUCUCCAACCGCUAACCAGCGCUGGAAGGGUGAGGUGGAAUUAAACCCCGCUCGGAGAGCGCUGCUUCUAGCAGUGCGCUCAGCCUAUGCCUGCCCGGAGGGGCGUCUGGUAGGCAGCAAGCCCUCUCCCGCAUUCGACCCCCAUGAUAGAUACGCUCAGACCCGUGCCCUUCGCGUCGGAAAUGGCGAUCAGCAAAACGGUGGCGUGGCUCAACGAGCAGCUGGAGCUGGGCAACGAGCGGCUGUUGCUGAUGGACUGCCGGCCUCAGGAACUGUACGAGUCGUCGCACAUCGAGUCGGCCAUCAACGUGGCCAUACCUGGCAUCAUGUUGCGGCGCCUGCAGAAGGGCAACCUGCCCGUGCGCGCGCUCUUCACGCGCGGCGAGGACCGGGACCGCUUCACCCGGCGCUGCGGCACCGACACGGUGGUGCUCUACGACGAGAGUAGCAGCGAUUGGAACGAAAACACGGGCGGCGAAUCCGUGCUUGGGUUGCUGCUCAAGAAGCUCAAGGACGAGGGCUGCCGGGCGUUUUACCUGGAAGGUGGCUUCAGUAAGUUCCAAGCUGAGUUCGCCCUGCACUGCGAAACCAACCUAGACGGCUCGUGUAGCAGCAGCUCACCACCGUUGCCAGUGCUGGGACUCGGGGGCCUGCGUAUCAGCUCUGACUCCUCUUCGGACAUUGAGUCUGACCUUGACCGAGACCCCAACAGUGCGACCGACUCGGAUGGCAGCCCGCUGUCCAAUAGCCAACCUUCUUUCCCCGUGGAGAUCAUGCCUUUCCUCUACUUGGGCUGUGCCAAGGACUCCACCAACCUGGACGUGUUGGAGGAGUUUGGCAUCAAGUACAUCUUGAACGUCACCCCCAAUUUGCCGAAUCUCUUUGAGAAUGCAGGAGAGUUUAAAUACAAGCAAAUCCCCAUCUCGGAUCACUGGAGCCAAAACCUGUCCCAGUUUUUCCCCGAGGCCAUUUCUUUCAUAGAUGAAGCCCGAGGCAAAAACUGUGGCGUCUUGGUGCAUUGCCUGGCCGGCAUCAGUCGCUCGGUCACUGUGACUGUGGCUUAUCUUAUGCAGAAGCUUAACCUGUCCAUGAAUGAUGCAUAUGACAUUGUCAAGAUGAAGAAAUCCAACAUCUCCCCCAACUUCAACUUCAUGGGCCAGCUGCUGGACUUCGAGAGGACGCUGGGACUCAGCAGCCCCUGUGACAACCGGGUCCCCGCACAGCAGCUCUAUUUCACCACUCCCUCCAACCAGAACGUCUACCAGGUGGACUCCCUGCAAUCCACGUGAAAGGCUGCAGGCCCACCUCACUAGGAUGUGUUCCUGCCUUUAGCAGUUUCUCUUGGCAACAUCAGCUGGGCUGCUUUCUUUGUAUGUGGCCCCUGGUGUCAAAAUGACACCAGCUGUCUGUAUUAGACAAGGUUACCAAGUGUGGAAUUGGCUGUUACAAAGGGAGAGAUUUGCUCCAUUCUCAUGGAAAGAACAGGACAUGCUGUAUAGACACAGACAGCGGGUUUGCUCUGCACCCAGGGUACAGCCUACCCAAGUAGGGACUGGAAUUUGAGGACUUGCAGCCUCUGUAGGGUAGGACCAAGUGGGUAGGGUGGGGUGUGUGUUCCUUUGGGCCUUGUAUGACUGUUUCUUUUGCAUCUGGAACUGACUUAUCUACAUUGUCUUCAGUGAAGACUGAUUCAAUUUUGCAUAUAGAGGAGCCAAAGAGAGGUUUCAGCUCUGUAUUUGUGGUAAUCAGUUUGCAAAAAAAAAAAAAAAUUAAUAAGACACGUGAUACUUCCUUUGAUUAAUGUAAAUAUUUGAUCUUAAAUCACUUGACAGUGUUUGUUUGAAUUGUAUUUGUUUUUCCUUUGAUGGGUUUAAAAGAAAGCAUCCAAAGGGAGAAAGAGCAAUAUGCCACUUCUUAAACUGAAAAAAGAAACAUUUGCUCUUUUCUAAUCCAAAGGAUAUAUUUGUAGCAUGCUCAAUUUUACCAAUUCUGACGUUUUCAUGGGCACUUAUUUGCUGAGACCUUGUUAUGGUGCAGUCUUCAGUCUCUUUCAUCUUUCUUUGUGACUCCCCCCCCCCCUUUAUGUAGUUUAACUAUGCCUUACCUUUGUAAAUAUUUUGGCUUGUAUUGUCUGAAAGGGGAUAUCUUAGACACCAAAAUCAUGGGUUCACUUUUUUUUUUUAACUUCAGCUGUGCUAAACAGUAUAUUACCUCUGUACAAAUUCUUCAGGGAGUGUCACCUCAAAUGCAAUAUUUUGGGUUAGUUUCUUUCCUUUUUAAAAACAAUUUGUAUAAAACUGGAAGCGUGUGUGUGAGCAUGGUGCCCGUUUGCUAGGUGAAGUGCAUCUGAUUGUGAAGAGGGGAGAGUAAAGUUGCUCCAUUACGUCCCUGGUGUAAAGUUUGAGCUGAAAUUUACUGUAAGGAUGUAAAACCUUAAAUUAUUAAUAAAUAACUAUUUUGGCUAU